AUGCCCAAGCCUCACCACGCCGCCUCCUCGCCGCCGCCCCCGCCGCUCGCGCUCCUCCCGCCGCGGCACUGCCCGCUAGCCGCCGCGCUGCUGGCGCUGCUCUCGGUGUUCCUCGCCACCGCGCUCUGGCUCCUCCUCGUGCUCUACCCGUCCCAGGGGGCCACACCCGUCGCCGCGCGCUCCGGGCUGUCGGAUGCGGCGGUGGUCGCUGACCCCGACGCGGCCUCGCCGCUCGCGCUCGGACACAUCGUCUUCGGCAUCGCGGGCUCCGCGCACCUCUGGCCGCGCCGCCGCGAGUACGUCCGCCUGUGGUGGGACCCAACCGCGAUGCGCGGCCACGUCUGGCUCGACGCGGGUGCGCCCGCCGCGCCGGGGCCCAGCGCCCCCUGGGAGGGCUCCCUCCCGCUGAUCCGGGUGUCCGAGGAUACCUCGCGGUUCAGGUACACGAAUCCCACGGGCCACCCGUCGGGCCUCCGGAUCGCGCGCAUUGCGACCGAGGCUGUGCGGCUCGUCGGCGGCGUGGGCGCGCGGUGGGUCGUGCUCGUCGACGACGACACCGUGCUGUGCGCGGACAACCUGGUCGCCGUGCUCGGCAAGUACGAUUGGAGGGAGAUGGUGUACGUCGGGGCGCCGUCAGAGAGCCACUCCGCGAACACUUACUUCAGCCACAGCAUGGCGUUCGGAGGCGGCGGCGUCGCGCUCAGCUUCCCCCUCGCCGCCGCGCUCGCGCGGACGCUCGACGUGUGCAUCGAGAGGUACCCCAGGCUGUAUGGAAGCGACGACCGCCUCCAUGCCUGCAUUACAGAGCUCGGCGUGCCCCUAUCCCGCGAGUAUGGAUUUCACCAGUGGGAUAUCAGAGGCAAUGCUCAUGGUUUAUUGGCGACUCAUCCAAUUGCUCCUUUCAUCAGUAUCCACCAUGCGGAGUUUGUGGAUCCCAUAUACCCAGGACUGAGCUCUCUUGAGAGUUUGGAGCUCUUUACUAAGGCUAUGAAAAUGGAACCCAUGAGCUUCCUGCAGCGUUCAAUUUGUUACGAUCAAAGCCAAAAGCUUACAUUUGCUAUCUCGUUGGGCUAUGCUGUUGAAGUAUACCCCAAUGUUCUUCUUCCUCGCGAAUUGGAGCGAUCGGAACGGACUUACAUUGCUUAUAAUAGGAUGAGUCAGAGAAACGAAUUCGAUUUUGACACUAGGGAUGUUCAAAAGUCUUUGUGCAAGAAACCAAUCUUAUUUUUCUUGAAGGAUGUAUGGAAGGAUGGAAACACAACCAGGGGCUCUUACAUACGAUCAAGUGGUAGGGAUGACCUCAAAAGAAAGGUGUUUUGCUUCCGGUCACCCCCUUUACCUGACAUAGAUGAGAUCCAAGUUUCUGCAUCUCCACUAAGCAAGCGCUGGCAUCUGGCACCAAGAAGGUUAUGCAGUGCACUUAAGGGAUCUAUUAGUGGUACUCUGUUUCUGUUUGUUCGGCAAUGUGAACGUGGGACUUUUGGCUCAGCUUCUGAUUCUCUAUGACUGAUGGAAAACAGAGAUGUAUAUGUUCUGUCCAGAUGAUACAUGGAAGAUGUAGUUACCACCCUACAUUCUUUGAGUCAAGUGUUCUGGGGGCUCUUUUUCUGCCUCAAGCGCUUGACAGUAACCAAUUGCUUGUUAUAAUUGGCAGUUACUGAAGGUUUACAAGUUGCCAGAUUGGCUUGAAGUUCCGAAACCACCUUUUGUAGCAGUUGCUGACAGAAGAAUUUGCUGAAAAGGAAUACGGAGCCUUUUUGCUGUGGAAUCUUCUAUGCGGCUGGCGUAUGUACUUGUGGACUGGUGUUGAGUGAAGAGAGACCUUUGACUAAAACUGUGUUAGUCUGACAGAAAUAACUGGCUGGCUUCAUUCUUUGAGACCAGUGUACUUUACCUUCAUGGUUUCUCCUCGAAAAUGCAUGAAAUCAUGUUAGAAUAGUAGUCUGCUAGUUGUGGAUUAUAGGGCUGUAACCCUUCUUCAUACCCUAUUCAGAAUUGUGAAACAGUGUAAAUCACAAUAGCCACGAGGGAGAAUCCAUUGAAUCUACUCUUUCCUGUUACAUUUAAAAAAUCUUCCGUCUCACACGUUCUCUGCGAAAGGGUAGCAUUUCCUUAAGGUUUGAGGCAGGUUUCAGUCAGGAUCCAGUCUGUUGUAGGAGUACUUGACUUUAGAACACGGUC